AGCUGUUACCAGUGAUUAUUUUCUCACCGUUCCUCGGCCGAACCGGUUGGGUGUUUCAGGGCUUGUGAUAAGUUGGAACCCGUUAUGACUACCCUCAGUAUUUCACGUUACCGUUGGCUUGCACUGGGACCAGUAGAUGUCCAAGCUAGUGCAUUUGCGCUCCACCAUGCAUCGCGAAAUGUUAUCUACACCCGGGCACCGUGCGGCCACCAACCCCGCCACCGGUAUGCAUGUCGCUGGGUUCCGCCCAUUUCAGGAGUUAUCCCAACACCGCGGCGCCCCUCGAGUUUGGACUUCGUCGGAGAUUCCAGCCGACGUCGUGAUCGGGCCCUUCGACGACAGCUUGCUCAACUUUGGAGAAAGAAUAAGUGAAGAUUCGUCUGAUGCGACGAUGAUCGAGGUUAAAGUUUCGUUUGGGCGUGUGGUAAGCGCAUGUGGCAACGAUUCGACAAAGUGGGCGUGGCAUAUAGCGGCAGCACGCAACGACCACGAACAGAACCUAUCAGCAGAGCGCACCUCCGAUGGGAUGGUCAUCUUCAAGACUACGAGAAGGAUUCUGAAAGGGGAGGAAUUAAGGGUGUGGCACACGCCAGACCUGGCCAAAAAUAUGGGCGUGCCGGCUCACGUUGGAACUUAUCAAGCUGAAGAUCGUUCUUUCGUGUGUCCAGUGUGCUCCAAGAAGUUUCGCUACCCGAACACUCUCAAAGCCCACCUGAUGAGAUGCGGCGCGUCGUCUAAGAGAACCGCAUGUCCGCCUCAUCGACAGGAACCUUUAGAAGAUUCUACAAGGAUUGGUAGCGCCUUCAGACGGGUCACGCCACGGUCGAUCCCCUCUUCGUCAUCGUUCACGACCACGGUGACACUCAGCGACGUCGUCACCAACGGGUCAAGACGACCAGAGGAGCACCCUCCCGAGGAAACCAAUGGUAACAGCACAAACAACUCUUCAUUUAAGUCGAACCCUUCUAGAUCAAGUCCAAAGGUGGGCUUUCGCGCAUUCCGCAAGAGCAGUUCCCCAUCAUCUACGCGUAUGCAAGAUACCACCAUGAGUUCUUCGGAUUCGACCCGGAAGGACUCCUCCAACGUCUUGUUUUCAGUAGAUAAGAUGUUGAACCACACCGAACCACCGAGUUCAAGCAGUCAAUCUUCAAAGUCACCGAUCGGACUUGAUAAGAAUGCGAAUCCGUUCGAUCCGCUUGCCAUCCGGUCUCAACUUUCCAUACCAACCGGCAUCGGUCAGUACCGCCCGAUCGACCCGUAUUUACCGAUUCGCUGCUUCCAACCUGUCAUCCCCACCAUCACUAGGUAUGGAAGCAUCCUUCCACCUGCCCAUCAUAGAGGUUUAUACAGUGGUGCGCCUAAUCCUUAUUUCCCUUACAAAGUCCCCAUCCCAACACCUCUCAAAUUCGUCCACCCAACGCAUCCAAUCCCUUCACCCAACGAAAUAGAAAUGCCCAAAUUUGCAGGACUCGAUCGGAACCAUUUACCAGGAGCGUCCUCCUCGUUCCAGGUCGGCGAAACGCAGUAUUCCUAUCUGCAGGAUUCCAGUAGAAAGAACAAGCGAGGACACCUGUGUAUCUACUGCGGCAAGCUCUACUCCAGGAAGUACGGUCUGAAGAUCCAUCUGAGGACACACACGGGUUACAAGCCACUUAAAUGCAAGGUGUGCCUUCGGCCGUUUGGUGAUCCUAGCAACCUGAACAAGCACAUCCGUCUCCAUGCAGAGGGGGACACACCCUAUCGAUGUGAGUACUGCGGGAAGGUUCUUGUCAGACGGAGAGACCUUGACCGGCACAUCAGAUCCAGGCAUCCGGCCGAAGCGAAGAAAAGAGAGAAGGAAUCAGAAGAAGCGGAAGAUGCUUCCAGUCACACAACCCAUGUCACGGAUGAAGACGAUCACGAUGAUGAGGAGGAUGUCGAUAUGACGUCACCUCAUAGCCCGGAUGUCAGAAAGCCGACUGUAUUCGAAGAAGGCCUCAAUCCAUGCAUUGAUGUACAAAGCAAAAGCUGAAAAUCCAACUUUUUUAGGCCUACUUAUAUCAUAUCCACAAGAUUGUAGAAGAUGGAUAUUGUAGAGGUAACAGUAGAGCCACAAUCUUUCCCAACAUCAACAUGAUCAACGAAAACGUGAUUUUGUGCUAUUUAUUUCGAGGAGUGUCAUGUUGAAAAGUCGGGCAUGUAAUGCUCAAAAUAUAAUUUCUUACUACUAUUCACGACGCGUUUGAAAACAAUCCUCUCAGUAUUCAGUAUAUAUGCGAUAUUACGAAUCAUUAAUACCGAGUGGGCAAUAAAUAUUUGCUGACACACACAAAUGCCAGGAUAAAUACAGUGAUAAUCAUCAUGGUAAAGUUGGUCAUGAUCGCAAAACCGUCGUGAUCAUCAACAUCAUCAUCAUAAUCAUCAUCAUCAUCAUCAUCGUCAUCAUCAUCACCAUUUUCAUCAUCGUCA